AUGAAAAAGCGAUUGUCAUCGGCUAUAUCUUCCUUCAGAGAGUUCAUAGGACACAGGAAAAAGGCAUGCACCUCACCUGGCCCUGUGGGUGUUGAUACAUCAACGAGGGAAGUGCCUGAUGGGCUAUCCGCUCACCUCAGCUCUGGUGAUGCCAAUACUUCUAUCGCAAAUCAAUAUUGUGAGCCAGAGGUUGCUCCUCUGCCUGCACAACCUCCUUCUGGAGGAGGGAUUGUGCCCUUGGACCAUGAAAGAGACAUUGAUGGAGGGGAGGAUAUCAGCUUGGCACAGCGGAGACCGCAACAUCAGAACUGCCAGCUGCCCCUAAGAUUUAGGGAUGUGCUUCCUCAGCCUCUGCCCAUGGUGCCUAUGGAAGUGCGAGCCCAACCUCCAGAAUCUGUUGGAUCUGUUGUCACUUCAGCUCAACCACUCACUGUGCGUGCGCACACAGUUUUUCAUACCUUGCCAAAUAUUUUUGGGCUAGUGCAUCAAUACUUCUCUUUGCAACUGCCAUCCCACAACCCAGAAGAGUAUACCACUCUCACAGACCUCUCGUUCAUACCAGGCAGCCCUCAAGUUCCUGACCAACCCUAUCCAUUUGCUGCUUCAAGUAGCAAAUCUCAGUACUAUCCAUACCCCAAUCGCUCUUCCUUUCAGCUCGGCGACUGGUAUUGGAAUCAGGGGGUCCAAAAGUUACAAAGUGAUUACACUAAACUGCUGGAGAUCCUGGAUGGCAAUGCAUUUAAUGUUGCCAACAUGACGUCUACUCACUGGAAGAAAAUCAACUGCCAGCUGGGUGGUAAUGAGUAUGAUGAGGGAGAUGGGGAAGAGUGGGAGGAUGAAGAUGCUGGAUGGAAAUGCACACCAGUUUCCAUUGAGGUCCCUUUUUCUCAUACUACUGACAUGCCAGGCCCUCGGCUUUACAGAGCCGCAGAUUUGUACCAUCUCUCUCUAGUGGCUGUGAUAUGGGAGAAGCUCGCAAAUGUGUGCGACGACAAACUCUUUCAUUACGAGCUGUACCAGCUCUGUUGGAAUCCCCCCCACCUGGAUAACAAAGUGCUCAUAUACAGGGAUCUCUACACAUCUCCAGGUGUGACCUACCCCGAGUUGUGGCUGGUAUGA